GGUGUUCAGCCCUUCGACAUUUUGGAAUCUCGCUGCGUCAACGUCACCUGGAACGCAGCGGCACCACCCAUGAUUCUUGCGAUCUGCUCGGUUGUGAUCCUGAGUGAGACGAUGCGCACGCUUCUCCAGGACUCGUUUGCGAUCUUGUGCCAGCAACUCGCGGACUCGCCUCUCUUCUACUCUCUUCUUCUCGUGGUCCUCUCGACUUGCUGCCUAGUUCGAGCGUCGCUGUUGCAAACGUUCAAUGCGUCGGCAUUGCUCGUGGGUGGUAUGGGACUCGCCUCCCUUCGCCUCAACUCGGUUGGUGAACUCGAUGUGCAUUCGUUUCCUCUCGCCUCGGCUGUGUCCAUUUUUGUCGUGCUUUACCUCCUUGGGCUCGGCUGCAUUUGGUCAGUCACCCAAACUCUCCAUGAAAGCCAAUGCGUCGUUGAUGUCAAGAUCGACAACCCCUCUGCAGACGUCAUUGUCGUUGGUGCCGGUACUGCCGGGUGCUCGAUCGCGAUGGGAUUGGCGAAACAAGGACGCAAAGUCCUCGUGGUCGAAAAGUCUUUGGAAUACCAGGACCGCUUUGUGGGAGAGCUCAUGCAACCUGGCGGGUUGGAAGCGUUGCGCUCGUUGGACUUGAUUGACUGCGCAGAAACGAGCAUGGACGUCAAAACUCUCGGAUAUUCGAUCCUCCGUCCUCAUCACGAUCACAUCAUGCUGCCGUACCCCAACUGUGCCCCAAAGACGCUCAUCGAAUACAUGGGCUUCACUCGCAACGACAAUGGCACGGGGAAGCAGCACGGUCGCGGGUUCCACAACGGCGCAUUCGUUCAACGUCUUCGCGCUCGCAUUUUGGCAGAACCCAACAUUACUGUAGUUGAAGGCACAGUGAGCAAACUCGUCUUGGAACCCACGACCAAGGGCAGUCAGAGCAACGUGUGCAAGGGCAUUCAAUUUCGCCGCAAGUCCCCGUCGGACGACGUGGAAAUGCCGGUCGAAACUGCAUUGGCGCCGUUGGUGAUUGCUUCGGACGGGCUCUGGUCCGGUCUGCGCCGCGAUUUGUCCAAGGACCAACCCAAGCAGAUCUCGAGCUUUGUCGCACUCCUCAUGACGCACCCUGCUAUGGAGGCCACAGUACCCUUUCGCCAAUUCGGCCACGUCAUCCUUGCGCAGCCCUCGCCCAUCCUCAUGUACCAGAUUUCUCCCACCGAAACGCGCGUCCUUGUCGACGUCCCUGGCAAAGUUCCUUCGUCUACUAACGGCGACCUGACCAAGCACUUGCUGUCCCACGUGGCCCCUCAAAUUCCCGAGGCAUCCCGCGCGGCGUUCAUUCGUGCUGUGGAAACGGGUCCCGUCAAGUCGAUGCCGAACCGCGAAUUCAUGACCACCCAACCCGCCAAUAUCGGUCGCGUCGUCAUGCUUGGCGAUACAUUCAACAUGCGCCACCCUCUUACUGGCGGUGGCAUGAGCGUUGCUCUCAAGGAUGUUGUGCUGCUGAAUGAAUUGCUCAAAAACGUCGACCUGUCUAGCGGCAAGGAAGUCGCUGCUGUCCGCCGCGCUUUCGAGCAGGACCGUGUGCACCACUCGUCGACGGUCAACAUCCUUGCCAACGCCCUCUACCAUAUCUUUUCCGUGCCUUCAACGGACGAUGACGUUGUCGACAAAGCUGUCUUGGCUGCGCGUGCGACCCUUCGCGAAUCGUGCUACGAGUAUUUGAAGAUGGGCGGAUUCUUCAUGGCCGGCCCACUUGGCCUCCUCAGCGCCCUCACCCCGAAACCAGUCGUGUUGGCCACACACUUCUUCAUGGUCGCGGGCUUCGCUGCCUCACGUUGCCUGGCUCCAUUCCCCACGCCAUCUCGCGUAUACCAUUGUUGCCAAGUCUUCCACCAAGCUUGCAUCAUCAUCAUGCCGCUCUUGGAACGCGAAAACGUGACCAUCUUCGCGUGGGCGCCGCUCCGCGCCAUGAUCAACGUGAUCUUUCCCUACCGCAACUAGGGCUGUCUUUACUUUCAUCUAUCGUUUAUUCAAUUUAAUAAAUGAUUCGUACAUCGACAA